AUGAUCACCCCCACUUUCAAAGUCGAUCAAGACAAUGACUCGGUCACGAUCUGCAUCAAUACGCCUUAUGUGAGAGCUCAAGACGUUGAUCUGCAUGUCUCUGGCAGCGAAUUCCGGUUCUUUUUGCGUCCCUACUUUCUACGCCUUCAUUUUCCGGGCAACCUUGUUGAAGACGAUGACUCUCGUGCGACUUAUGAUCCCAGCUCUGGCCAGUUCACUGUCAAAAUCUCCAAGGAAACCAAGGGCGAGCAUUUUCCUGAUCUCGAUCUCUUGACCAAGUUAUUGGCUCGAAAGGGUGAAGCAUCGACUGAUAAACCAAAAAAGCCAUUGAUCGAAGUCAUUGGUGAAACAUCCAGCGAAGAGCAUCCACCUCGUGAUCCUGAUAUCCAAGAUGCCAUCGAUUUCAAUUGGGAACUGCCACAGGAUAUGCCAAGUCAACAAGAGAUUCUCACUAGCAGCUCAGCGUCCUAUGGAUUCAACAACCAAUACAGCGGCUAUUUUCAACAUGUUCAUGAAACAGCCAAUGAGAUCAACGAUAUCACUGAACCUGAAAAGUCAACCAUCGACUCCCGGCGGCAUGAACGUAUUGAGAUUGAGGAUUUAAAGUUUGACGAGGAUCACUAUGCAAUGGACUUCAUCAGUGAAAUGGAUAUUCAGCAUCUCCUAAAGUACAAAACCAUUUGGCACAAGGAACUUCGCCGUAUACAAAAGAACAAUACAAAGGAAUCUGGUCCAUUAAUCCAGGAAGUGGGAACGCCAAUGGAUGGAUUAGAUAUGAGCGCCCUAUCAAUUACGGAUCCCAAAGAAUCACUCGUCAAGUUUACCGCAAAAGACGAUGCUAUGAUGCGUAACCUACCCAAGAAAGAAUACCUACUAUCGAAUGAAAAGAGCACAUACCUCGGUCUUGUCGACCUGAUAUUUGCAUACAGCUACAAUCAUCGCAUGUUUGAAGGAGAGAAUUCGGUUGAAUCCGUAUGGUGUAUUGGAAAAGUGAGCCCAACGCUCUCAUGCUUGGAGCAAUUUUCAACCCUGAAAGAUGUGGUCAUUGCCUGCUUCCGACGUGUAUUGGCCUAUCCAUUGUACAGGAAUUUCACACUAUGUGAGAAGGUACUACAAGACGUCUAUAUCCUUUUUCGACUUGGCAAGCGAGCCCUCCUCAAAGCACUGUUGGAGAUGAAGGACUUUUUCGAUCAUCACGAUGUUUAUUAUGUGUACAGCAAAAUCUGGCUAGAUGAUUACUGCACUUGGAUUCAGCAUGCAAGUGAUCACGUCCUACGAACAUUGGCACAUGAGCUGCAUCACUUUACAGUCAAUAAGAGCGAUAUUGGAUGGGAUCUUGAAGACAUAGAGACGAUUGCUCGACAAAUGCAGCAAGAACAAGGAGAGGAAGAAGAAUAG